GGUCCGGCCGCCUCCUUCCCUCCCUUCCUCCCUCACUCCUCCUCCGGUCUGGACAGCAGUUUGGUCCCUGGAUGCUGGAUGAUCGGUCGAGGAGUUGUGGACAAGUGUGAUCUGAAGGAUCUGCCUCUCAGCCAGAGAUGGAGAGGACGUCCCUCUGUCUUCCUGUGGUUCUGUUACUGAUGCAGUGUUCCCCCUCCUGUUCUGUAACUGUGUCGACCAACGAACCUAAGGUGGAAGUGAAGGAGUUCUCAGAUGCUGUGCUGUCAUGCCUAUUCCACACAGAGAUUGACCAGAACCCACGCAUCGAGUGGAAAAAAACGGGGAAAGAUGUCUCCUUUGUGUACUUCAACGGACAAUUCAAAGGUUCCUUUGGGGGCCGAGCCACCAUCGAAGGGGCCACGGUGACGCUGCACGGUGUGACCCAGGAGGACGCCGGAGAGUACCGAUGUGAGGUCAGCGCUCAUCUGGACAUCGUCAACCUGGGAGAGACCAACAUCACGCUCAAAGUCCUGGUGCCUCCACACACCCCGUCCUGUGAAAUCCCUGCCUCAGCCGUGACGGGCUCAGUGGUGCAGCUGCGCUGUUGGGACCAACAGAGCAUCCCACCUGCUAAGUACUCCUGGUUCAAGGACAGCAAGCCAAUCAGCCCGCCCCGCCGUGCUAAUGCGACAUAUCUGAUCAACUCCCAAACGGGAAUACUGGAGUUUCAGUCUGUGGCCAAAGAGGACACGGGUCACUACAGCUGCCUGGCGUCAAACGAAGUGGGACAACCCAAAAUGUGUGAGGGGAAACACAUGACAGUAGAGGAUGUAAACGUCACCGCCGUGGUGGCGGUAGUGCUGGUGGUCUGCCUGCUGGGCAUCGUCUGCGGCUGCGGGGGACUCCUCUUGCACCGGAACGGUUUCCUCACCCGACACAGAGGAAGGUCUUUUUGGAUCUCCCAGUGCCCCGGUGCAGCCCACAUCAGCAGCCAAACCCUGCACAGAACCGAAGACACGUCCAACGUCAACUACAUCCCGCCACCCCAAGAGGACUUCAAACACACACAAUCAUUCAUGCUCUGACGAGACGGCCUUUUCUCCACAACGAGGUGCCAACACGAGGU